UUUGAUUCCCUUUGACUGAAUUCUGUUCAUCCGUUUCUAUUGCAUCUAUUUCAUUGGACAGGGUGCAGACUGCAGUCAGUAGGCUCCAUUGUAGCGAGGUGUAGUGGUGACGGAUGCCAGUAAUUUCACCUGUAGGGAUCAUGGCUCCUUCCCUAUCUUAUCGUCUCUUCCCCUUUCUUCCACUCUGACCUGAUCUCUUCGCCAUCCUCAAGACCUUGCAAUUAGGUGCUGGUAGCAGCUAUGAUGACAGAGUUGCAAGGUCUUGCAGUGUCACUUUCUUUCCUCCUUUGGCCUUCUUUGUGUUCUUUCUGUGUCCUAUGUGGGAAUUAAAGGUGCAACAAAAAAGGUUCCCAAAGGGUUUGAUAACAGUUGGAUGAUGGCUGUUAUUGGUGUGUAGUUCAAUUACUCAGUCAGGGUAGUUCACCUUUAAUACCUCAUCCCCAUCCCAAACCAUUGUCUGCACAUUACCAACCCCCUACCCCUACUCUCCCCUGCCUUUUGACACAUGCACUUUCUAAUGCAUCUCAUUUGUUAUUUUGGACCUGUUGAUGAUCCCUACAGUUGAAACACUGUUGAUCCAAAUAACAUUAGAUCAAUAACAAUUAAACUAACUUGUAAAACAUGUUCUUUUUCUUCUUGCUUGAGUUGAUAAAACCUAGGGAUGGCUAUAGGACCCAAAACGUUUAUACCUGUGGUUGGUCUUGCUGUUCCUUAUAAGACACACCAGUUCAAGUACUAUGCUCUGCAGAUUCUGGAGACGGUUAUCAAAACAAGAUGGAAGAUUCUACCUAGAAAUCAGUGUGAAGGGAUCAAAAAGUAUGUUGUUGGUCUUAUAAUCAAGACAUCAUCGGACGCCACGAAUGUUGAGAAAGAGAAAGUAUACAUUGGAAAGCUGAACAUGAUUCUUGUUCAGAUAUUGAAACAGGAGUGGCCUAAACACUGGCCCACCUUCAUCAGCGACAUCGUGGGGGCCAGCCGCACCAGCGAGAGCCUCUGCCAGAACAACAUGAUCAUCCUCAAGCUGCUCAGCGAGGAGGUGUUUGACUUCUCCAGCGGGCAGAUGACCCAGGUCAAGGCCAAGCAUCUCAAGGACAGCAUGUGCAACGAAUUCUCCCAGAUAUUCCAGCUGUGCCAGUUUGUUAUGGAAAAUUCCCAGAACGCACCACUGGUCCACGCCACACUGGAGACCCUCCUACGGUUUCUCAACUGGAUUCCUCUAGGUUACAUAUUUGAAACCAAGCUCAUCAGCACACUUGUGUAUAAGUUCUUGAACGUGCCCAUGUUCCGCAAUGUGACACUCAAGUGCCUGACUGAGAUUGCCGGCGUGAGCGUCAGCCAGUACGAGGAGCAGUUUGUUACCCUCUUCACCCUCACCAUGUGUCAGCUCAAACAGAUGCUCCCGUUGAACACCAAUAUCCGCUUGGCGUACUCCAACGGCAAGGACGAUGAGCAGAACUUCAUCCAGAACCUCAGCCUGUUCCUCUGCACCUUCCUCAAGGAGCACGGCCAGCUCAUCGAGAAGAGGCUGAACCUGCGGGAGACCCUCAUGGAGGCCCUCCACUACAUGCUCCUGGUGUCGGAGGUGGAGGAGACAGAGAUCUUCAAGAUCUGCCUGGAGUACUGGAACCACCUGGCGGCCGAGCUGUACCGGGAGAGCCCCUUCUCCACCUCCACCUCCCCGCUGCUCUCCGGCAGCCAGCACUUUGAUGUGCCCCCCCGGCGACAGCUCUAUCUCCCAGUUCUCUCCAAGGUGCGCCUGCUCAUGGUGAGUCGAAUGGCCAAACCGGAGGAGGUGUUAGUGGUGGAGAAUGACCAAGGGGAGGUGGUCCGGGAGUUCAUGAAGGACACAGACUCUAUCAACCUCUACAAAAACAUGAGGGAGACACUUGUGUACCUGACCCAUCUGGACUACGCCGACACGGAGCGCAUCAUGACGGAGAAGCUGCACAACCAGGUGAACGGCACCGAGUGGUCGUGGAAGAACCUGAACACGCUGUGCUGGGCCAUCGGCUCCAUCAGCGGGGCCAUGCACGAGGAGGACGAGAAGAGGUUCCUGGUCACCGUCAUCAAGGACCUGCUGGGCCUGUGCGAGCAGAAGCGGGGCAAGGACAACAAGGCCAUCAUCGCCUCCAACAUCAUGUACAUCGUGGGCCAGUACCCUCGCUUCCUGCGCGCACACUGGAAGUUCCUCAAGACGGUCGUCAACAAGCUCUUUGAGUUCAUGCACGAGACCCACGACGGUGUGCAGGACAUGGCGUGCGACACCUUCAUCAAGAUCGCCCAGAAGUGCCGGCGUCACUUUGUGCAGGUGCAGGUGGGCGAGGUGAUGCCCUUCAUCGACGAGAUCCUCAACAACAUCAACACCAUCAUCUGCGACCUCCAGCCACAACAGGUGCACACGUUCUACGAGGCGGUGGGCUACAUGAUCGGGGCCCAGACGGACCAGGCGGUGCAGGAGCACCUGAUAGAGAAGUACAUGCUGCUGCCCAACCAGGUGUGGGACAGCAUCAUCCAGCAGGCCACCAAGAACGUGGACAUCUUGAAGGACGCGGAGACAGUGAAGCAGCUGGGCAGCAUCCUGAAGACCAACGUGCGCGCCUGCAAGGCGGUGGGCCACCCCUUUGUCAUCCAGCUGGGACGCAUCUACCUGGACAUGCUCAACGUCUACAAGUGCCUGAGCGAGAACAUCUCAGCCGCCAUCCAGACCAACGGAGAGAUGGUCACCAAGCAGCCCCUGAUCAGAAGUAUGAGGACUGUGAAACGAGAAACGCUGAAACUGAUCUCAGGCUGGGUUAGCCGAUCAAAUGAUCCCCAAAUGGUGGGAGAGAACUUUGUCCCUCCGCUGCUGGACGCAGUCCUCAUCGACUACCAGCGCAACGUCCCCGCCGCCCGCGAGCCCGAGGUCCUCAGCACCAUGGCGACCAUCGUCAACAAGCUGGGCGGCCACAUCACCGGGGAGAUCCCGCAGAUCUUUGACGCUGUGUUUGAGUGCACCCUCAACAUGAUCAACAAAGACUUUGAGGAGUACCCUGAGCACAGGACCCACUUCUUCUACCUUCUACAAGCUGUGAACUCCCACUGCUUCCCUGCAUUCCUGGCCAUUCCACCUGCCCAGUUCAAACUGGUGUUGGACUCCAUCAUCUGGGCCUUCAAACACACCAUGAGAAACGUGGCCGACACAGGUCUGCAGAUCCUGUACACGCUGCUCCAGAACGUGGCCCAGGAGGAGGCGGCGGCCCAGAGCUUCUACCAGACCUACUUCUGCGACAUCCUCCAGCACAUCUUCUCUGUGGUCACAGACACCUCACACACCGCCGGCCUGACGAUGCACGCCUCCAUCCUGGCCUACAUGUUCAACCUGGUGGAGGAGGGCAAGAUCAGCACAGCCCUCAACCCCUCCACCCCCGUCACCAACCAGGGCUUCAUCCAGGAGUAUGUGGCCAACCUGCUCAAAACAGCCUUCCCACACCUACAGGAUGCCCAGGUGAAGGUGUUUGUGACGGGGCUGUUCAGUUUAAACCAGGACAUUCCUGCCUUCAAGGAGCACCUGAGGGACUUCCUAGUACAGAUUAAGGAGUUUGCUGGCGAGGACACCACAGACCUGUUCCUGGAGGAGCGGGAGGCGUCGCUACGUCAGGCGCAGGAGGAGAAACACAAGCUGCAGAUGUCAGUUCCAGGCAUCCUGAACCCCCAUGAAAUCCCAGAGGAGAUGUGCGACUGAGCAUCACCCCAACCAAACUGUACAGUCAUCCAAACAAAACAACAAACGCAGAUUUAAACCCGAACAACCAAUCCAAACGCGAGGCUGGAGCGAGGUGGGAAUCUCCUUCCUCCACACCAGUGUGUGCAUCCCCCAUUGGGUGUUUGUCGACCAAAACAAUUUCAAUAUAUGUACAGUAAAUGGAUACCGCAUCACCCUGUGGCUCUUUUUAGUACAUGUUUUAUAUGGCGACUAUUGUGUGUGAUAUCUUUCCAAACUGUUCACCCAAUGUUUGGUCUACCCCCGCUCCCCCAUACAUCCCAAGAGCUGCAUGAUGAGGGCAUAUCGACUACAUUUUUGUUUUGUUUUCUCACCCUACUUUUGAGUUUUUCCUCCUUCCAACUCCUGAUAUAUUUGUUAAUAUAUAUAUAUAUAUAAUAUAUACAGUUGUGUAUAUAUAAUAUACAACUUUUUGUGCAAAAAGGCGUACGUGUCAAAAGUCAUCUGCAUAGAGGCUUCUAGAACUGGUGUUUUAAACUGGUGGACAGACGGGAAGCAGUGUUCUAGAAGUGUGUGUUUUGCCCUGCUGCAGUCUGGAAGAAUGUGAAUUGUACGGAUUAUGAAUGAAGGUUUGCAAGACUCUGCUUUGUGUGUAAGAUGUCAAGGUCGGCAUCUUUUGCUCCUCAGUUUUGCUUCACUAAAAUACAAUUCUAAAAGAAAGCCCACAGCUAUUGCUUUGCUGGGCAGGGCGUUUCUGCGUAAACUGAAACGGAUUAUGUGCAUAUCAUCCCAAUUGUAUAGCAUCUUUAAUACUAUGGGAACAUACUUGUUUUUUUGUAUUAUUAUAUUUUUCUUUUUGUGCGUGUGAGUGUGUGUGUGUGCUGUCGCGUAGACGACAUCAGCGUUUUGUUUUCCUCUAAGAGGAUUGUUGCUCAUUUGUGAGCCUUCAUUAAAAUGGACGUUUAAAGAAGUGGUCUAGAUAUUUAUGGGUUCCUGUUGGUUGCAUAUUUUUAACUACUCCACUUUAACUCAGAUGGCUUUAGAGAUUUUGAAUUAUACUAAUUUACAUUGUUUACCAUGCAGUAGUGCUUCAAGACACUACCUUUAGAGCAAAUAUAAUACAAAAAAUAAACUUGGUUUACAUUUAAUUUUGUAUUUUUGCAUUUUCACUUUCAAAUCAACAACAACAAAAUCAGGCUUGUAGCCACAUACCAAACUGAUUGCAAACAAUUCUGAUUCGGCAAAGAAUGUAUAAAUCAAAAAAACCUAAUCUCUAAUGGACUGCCCCCUCUCUUAAGUGUUACAUUUGUUGUGAAACUUUUUGAACUGAUUAAAGGUGAUAA